CCUUCCCUCUCGGCAGGAUGACAGGCAGCGGCGUUCCGCUUUCUCCGGCGCCCCAUCCAAUCGGAAGGUGCGCUAGCACUCAGCCCGCUCACUGAUUGGCUUGAAGGCGGCCCCGUCCGCAGCCCGCCCUCCCCUCUGACCCCGCCCGCGGCCCGUCAGGCUGCGCGGUUCGGCGGCUGCCAAUUCACCUCGGCGGCGGCGGCGGCAGCAGCGGCGGAGACGGGUUCGCGGCCGGUCGCGCCCCUCCCCCCAGCUCCGGCGAUGUCCGAAGGCGAAGCCAAGCAGCUCCCCGGCGGCGGCGGCUCCGACCCCAAGCCCGACGUGGCUGCGGCGGCGUCCUCGUGCGGGCCCGGCCUGCCCUCGCUGUCGCCCCCGCUGGCCCCCGCGGCGCCCCCCGAGGAGGAGGAGGAGGAGGAGGAGGAAGAGGAGAGCGAGGACGAGUCCGAGAUCCUGGAGGAGUCGCCCUGCGGCCGCUGGCAGAAGCGCCGCGAGGAGGUGAAUCAGCGCAAUGUUCCUGGGAUUGACAGUGCCUACCUGGCCAUGGAUACGGAAGAAGGCGUGGAAGUGGUUUGGAACGAGGUCCAGUUCUCUGAGCGCAAGAAUUUCAAGCUUCAAGAGGAAAAGGUCAAAGCGGUCUUUGACAAUCUGAUCCAGCUGGAGCAUCUGAACAUCGUGAAGUUCCACAAGUACUGGGCUGACGUGAAGGAGAACAAAGCCAGGGUGAUCUUCAUCACAGAGUACAUGUCAUCUGGCAGCCUGAAGCAGUUUCUGAAGAAGACAAAGAAGAACCACAAGACCAUGAAUGAAAAGGCCUGGAAGCGCUGGUGCACUCAGAUCCUCUCUGCGCUCAGCUACCUCCACUCCUGUGACCCCCCCAUCAUCCACGGAAACUUGACUUGUGACACGAUCUUCAUCCAGCACAAUGGGCUGAUCAAGAUUGGGUCAGUCUUUCAUAGGAUUUUUGCUAAUGUGGCCCCGGACACGAUCAACAACCACGUGAAGACGUGUCGGGAGGAGCAGAAGAACCUGCACUUCUUUGCUCCCGAGUAUGGGGAAGUGGCUCACGUGACUACGGCAGUGGACAUCUACUCCUUUGGGAUGUGUGCCCUGGAGAUGGCGGUGCUGGAGAUCCAGGGCAACGGGGAGUCUUCCUAUGUGCCCCAGGAGGCCAUUAACAAUGCCAUCCAGUUGCUGGAGGACCCCUUGCAGCGGGAGUUUAUUCAGAAGUGCCUGGAGCUGCAGCCUGGCAAGCGCCCUACGGCCCGGGAGCUGCUCUUCCACCAGGCCCUCUUUGAAGUGCCCUCCCUCAAGCUCCUGGCAGCCCACUGCAUUGUGGGCCAUCAGCACAUGAUCCCGGAGAAUGCCCUGGAAGAGGUGACCAAGAACUUGGACAUGAGUGCCGUGCUGGCCGAGAUCCACCAUGCCGACCGCGAGGGGGUCCGGAUGAUCUUCUCCCAGUCGCCAGCACUCGAGCUGGACAAGUUCCUGGAGGAUGUGAGGAAUGGGAUCUACCCCCUGACUGCCUUUGGCCUGCCUCGUCCUCAGCAGCCGCAGCAGGAGGUGGUGAAGUCGCCCAUUGCGCCCCCUUCGGUGAAGACGCCCACCCCGGAACCUGCCGAAGUGGAGACGCGCAAGGUGGUGUUGAUGCAGUGCAAUAUUGAGUCGGUGGAGGAGGGCGUCAAGCACCACCUGACCCUGCUGCUGAAACUGGAAGACAAGCUGAACAGACACCUGAGCUGUGACCUGCUCCCCAGUGACAAUAUCCAGGAGUUGACAGCUGAGCUGGUCCAGCUGGGAUUCAUCAGUGAGGCUGACCAGAGCCGACUGAGCUGUUUACUGGAAGAGGCAUUCAGCAAGUUCUUCUACUCGCGGAACGGGGCCCUGGCAGCAGUCACCGUGUCCUCCUAGGGGCUGUCCCUGCUUGGGCACCCUCCCGGGGCUGUGCGUGGCCAGGCCUCCUGCCGGAGGGGGUGUUGCCGGGGGCUGCAGACAAUCGCUGCCGUGGCUGGAGCGGGGAGGGGCAGGGCGGGGGCUGUGCGCCUCAUCAGUAUUAUUUCCCCCUGGGGCCAGUGGCCUGCCCUCCCCGCCACCCCUGCAGCUCACUCGCAUGGAGUUUUUGUGUUUGCUUGAAUUGUACAGAGGUUUUUUUUGCACAGCACAGAUGUCUGUCUUUUUAUUUAAAGGUUAGAGGGAGGGAGGGAGGGGGGAGGUGGCGGCAGCAGCGGCCUCCACCCCACACUUUGCCCACCUGCUGUCUCUCUAGACCCAGUUGCUCCUGCUCCCGUUGGCCUCCUCACUCCGUGGCUGGGAGGAGGGAGGAAGAGCAGCCCCGGGGAACGGCUGGCCCGGCCAGGCCCUGCCUUGCUGUGCCCAGCCGCUCCGUCCCUCUUCUCCGCCAGCUCUGUGCUGGGCAGGGCGAGAGGCUGGCUUGGUCACCAGGGCGGGAGCUGCGACCCCCCCCCGCCCCUGCUUUCCCGGGGUGGGGCUGCUGCUGCCAAGUAUGUUGCUGUCUGUUCCUAUUUCUAAUAAACGGUUUUGUACAUAA